CAGCCGCCAGUUGACGAUUAGUUGGCCAACGGAACGGAAACCAAAGUCGGAACAACCAAAGUGCCUGAUCAAGUGCCUAGGGCUGACCUUGCCAACAGUGUUAAGGAGACCAAACCGAAGCCUGUAGAACUUUUGCCAUAUACUCCGGAGCGUGUGAGGCGAACGUGCCGAUUUGAAGAAGGCAGCAAUCGAUCCGAGUUUUCAGUGUCGUGAGCAAACAAGAAACAACACCGAUCGACCAUCAUGGGUGUGCAGGAUCUGCAGGAUCAUGUGCUGGUGCAGUGCGAUUUCGAAAUCUUUGGCCAGGUGCAAGGAUGUGGCUUCACCAAGCACUGCCGCGACAACUGCCUGGCGCUGAGCAUCAAAGGAUGGGUGAAAAACUCAAAGCAGGGCACCAUCAUGGGCAAAAUGCAAGGCGCCAAGGGUGAUGUCGGCAAAAUGGUCGAAUGGCUGUCGAAAACGGGUUCGCCGGGUUCCAAAAUCGACAAAGCCGAGUUCACCAACUGGGGCACCUGUUCACGUCUUGCUUUCACGGACUACGCCAUCAGGUUUUGAGACAAACGUCCCGCUUCACACUACUUUCUACACUGAACAGUACCGUAUUCUACUUUAAUAGCGCAUAUUUAUCUACUUUAGCUGCUAGAGAACGAUGCCGUUCAUGCAGCGGCAAUGGAAAUUAGAGUAGGGAUCCGCUUGCGUUCUCGACCAGGCGCAGCCGGAGGAUCGAGUGAGAUGUUAGAUAAUUAUCGUUGUAUUUUUAUUAUUAUUUGUCUAUAUCUGUGUCUUUUGGCUCGUCCUGUGGCAGUACAUGAUGAUUCGCCACCGGUCUGCAUCAGCAUUGUAUUCGAUUUACCGGUAAUAGGAGGGUAGGAAUAGACCUUUCCCGAGGAAGCGUGAACCUUUGUCAAACUGCACCCUCUCACGAUUUUGAUUUUGGUUUCCCCAGCAUGGCACCUUAACCUGCACAUCAAAGCAGGCUCAUCCAGUGUCCAUAAUCUCUACAAUAUCACCUUAAAGAAAAAGCACUGCAACAGUCAAAAUCGAAGCGUGUACCGCUGUGCGAUGCAAUUGCAAUUCAUUAUCCACCAUUCGCAAACGAACUGUAUAGGUUAAGGCAUAUUGUAUUGAACUGUAAAUAAUGUGAAACAAAAGAGGGAAAAAGUGCAAUCAGAGAAAUAAACAUUUAAAACCAACCUUAUGGAACGA